GUCUUUUUUCGAACGUUCGGGCAGUAUUCUGCCAGACUCCGCCUGUGGCAGAGUCGACAGCUUCGGCCGGGGCAAGGAUGGCGCUUCGAGCCAGUCGACUGAUGACUACGGCCGCCGCUAAGGCGGCAAUGAAUGCCCCGCCGUGGAGAGAAGCAGCAAGCAUCAUCUUGGCUUGCAGAUCUUCGGUAUCAGAAGUGGUCGGUAAGAAUCUCGCAGAGAUGAUGAGUGCGACGAAGUUCAUCAAGAAAACUGAAUCAGGAAGCGAGUUCCAACCGUGUGACUACAAGGUUCUGAUGGUGAAGAGGAGUCAACUCUCGUCUUUCAUGGCCAACGCCUACGUUUUUCCUGGAGGUCUAGCGGAGAAAAGUGAUUUCGCCGCGGACUGGUUCAAAGUUUUCGAAAAGUGCGGAGUAUCCGAAGGACAGCUUCGCCGAGACUUCGUCGACUCGAUCGGAGGACCGCGGCCGCCAAUGAUUGAAAAUCCUAUCACUCUGACGCACAAUUCGAACAACGCUAAGCUGAGUGACUUCUUACCCGCGGACAUUGGAUUUCGCAUCUGCGCAAUUCGCGAGAUGUUCGAAGAGACAGGUGUGCUACUCCUGACCCGCAGAGCGCCGUCCCCGGGAACGAAGAGUUGCGCUUUCGAGGAGGACAUCGAUCAGAACGCUUGGCGACAGAAACUGCGUUCGGAACCCCGGGCUCUGUUCGAUAUGUGUCUCGAGAACAAAGUCUGUCCGAAUAUUUGGGCGCUUCAUGAGUGGGCUGACUGGCUCACGCCCGUCAGUGUGGGUCAUCGAAGGUACGACACGAUGUUCUACGCCACUUGUCUGGAUCAGACUCCAAACGUUGUCCUCGACCAGAGCGAGGUUGUGUCAUUACGAUGGACGCGCCCGCUCGCGAUCCUCGCCGAAUACAGCAACGGGAGCGUCUUCUUGGCCCCUCCUCAAGUUUACGAAAUGUCGAGAUUAGCCAACAUGUCUUCGUAUGGCCAACUGAGCAAAUUCUGUCAAGAGCGCAACAAGCUCGGGAUUGACCGCUGGUUACCUGUGAUCGGAGCCACUAGCGACGGCGUGGUUUCCCUCCUACCAGGGGAUGAUCUUUACCCUACUGAGCCUGAUCUUCUCGGCGUCGGACCAGGACCGGAUUUCCCUUUCUCUCUAGAAGAAAUGAGAAGUCGGUGCUCCAACCUGAAUAGAAUCGAUGUGCAGGGUCCCUUCGCAUGUGCUCACUGUAAUAUCACUCCGUCGCGCGGAAUGCUUUCCCCUAUAUCGUACGCGGGUACGAGCCACGUCAAUUUCCAGUCUAUGAUUUAAGGUAGACAGGAGGGACGACUGCCGGAGCUUCUUCAGGCCACGCGAGACGGGGUGGUAAGAUAAUGUCGGCAACGUUCUUCGCACGCCGAUCCCCUAUAUCCGUCGAAUGCCGACUUUGUUGAACGAAAAUGAUGUUUAAAUGAUAUUCUGUAACAUGACGAUGUAUAUCUUCGAGCUCCUCGUGUUCCCCGAGCAUGCCUCGAUCCAAGAUGACCUGCUCCGAUGACGCUUGCUUAUGAAUGAAAAGUUUGAUUGAACGA